AUGUCGAAGAGCAAAUCUUGGAGAGACCGAUCAGCCCGAGUACAGGUUGAUGAACGCGAAUUGCCCUCCUCUAUGCCGGCGCAGACGGGAUUAGUGUUCAACGUAUGGUAUAACAAAUGGUCUCAAGGUCAAGGUGGUCAGCGCAGAUUUGUCAAUCCCUUCAGGUUGGACACAAAGGUACAUCCGGGUGUAACUAGAGGUGACAAGGAAAACACCAAUUUUUUUUGCCUAUAUUUUGCCAAGGGAAUGUGCUGUUUGGGGAAAAAAUGUCAGUACAAGCAUCAUAUACCGGAAGAACAGGAUAUCAUGCAACUAUCGAUGAAAACAGAUGUGUUGGAUUGUUUUGGUCGUGAAAAAUUCGCAGACUACAGAGAUGAUAUGGGGGGCGUUGGUUCAUUUAGGAAAAACAACCGAACUUUAUAUAUUGGCGGACUAAGUGGAGCUUUAAACAAUAAACAGUUGAAACCGUCACAAAUCGAGGGCCGUUUGAGAUAUAUCUUUUCAAAGUUGGGAGAAAUUGAUAGGGUAAGAUACAUAGAGAGCAAAAACUGUGCAUUCGUGAAAUACAGACACCAAUGCAAUACGGAGUUCGCCAAGGAAGCAAUGAGCAACCAGACUUUACUAAUACCGUCUGACAAAGAAUGGGCAGAUCGCAAAGAGGGAGCGGGACUACUCGUUAAGUGGGGAAACGACGAUCCCGACCCAGAGGCUCGCAAAAGAGAAGAGGAAGAACAGAAGGAAGAAUCGCUCAAUAUGAUGGUUAAACUAUUGAAUAAUUUCGGUAAACGUCAAAGUGAGCAGUUAACUGUGGAGGAGAAGCACGAAUCGAUUAAGAAAUUGUCACAAGACAAAGCAACACUUUUUGAUGAAAAAACUCUUCAGAAACUGAAAAAGAGAAAGGCAAAUCCUGAGACUGUUGCAUCUUUGAAAAUAUCAAAGCUAUUGGAAUUGAAUGGUACCAGUAAUGGUCUUGUUGACUAUCCUUCUUCGUCUGAGGAGGAGUAA